UGAAGAGUGAGCGCGUUUCCCGAAUGGUUCAGAGCGGAGGCUGCUCGGCCAACGACUUCCGGGAAGUCUUCAAGAAGAACAUUGAGCGACGCAUUCGUAGCCUCCCAGAGAUCGACGGCUUGAGCAAAGAGACAGUGCUGAGCUCCUGGAUUGCUAAGUAUGAUGCUAUUUACAGGGGGGAGGAGGACAUGCGGCGACAGGCACAGAGGGCACACCUUAGUGCCGUGUCGGAGCUCAUCCUCAGUAAGGAGCAACUCUAUGAAAUGUUCCAGCAGAUCCUUGGCAUCCGAAAGUUCGAGCACCAGCUGCUCUAUAAUGCCUGCCAGCUGGACAACGUAGAUGAGCAGGCAGCUCAAAUCCGUAGAGAGCUGGACGGCAGGCUACAACUGGCCGAGAAGAUUGCCAGGGAGAAGAAAUAUCCAAAGUUCAUCUCCCCUGACAUGGAGGCUCUGUACAUGGAGGAGCUGCGUUCUUCAGUCAACCUGCUGAUGGCUAAUCUGGAGAGUCUGCCGGUGUCUAAAGGUGGCCCCGACUUCAAACAGAAGCUCAAACGCUCCUCUCAGAACAACUCCUUCCUGGACAUUGGAGACGAGGGAGACGUCCUCUCCAAAUCUGACGUUGUGCUGUCCUUCACUCUGGAGAUUGUAAUCGUGGAGGUUCAGGGUCUGAAGUCUGUCGCUCCGAACCGGAUCGUUUACUGCACCAUGGAGGUGGAGGGAGGAGAGAAGCUGCAGACGGACCAAGCUGAAGCUGCCAGACCACAGUGGGGGACUCAGGGGGAUUUCACCACAACUCACCCACUGCCCUCGGUCAAAGUAAAGCUGUUCACAGAGAGCACCGGUGUGCUGGCUCUAGACGACAAGGAGCUGGGCCGGGUGGUCCUGAACCCAACCACCAACGGACCAAAGCAGGCUGAGUUCCACCGAAUGGUCGUCGCCAAGAACAGUCAGGACACGGAGCUGAAGAUCAAACUGGCUGUCCGCAUGGACAAACCCCCCAACAUGAAGCACAGUGGGUAUCUGUAUACACUAGGGCAGAGAGUCUGGAAACGCUGGAAAAAAAGAUAUUUUGUUCUUGUUCAGGUGAGUCAGUACACAUUCGCCAUGUGCAGCUACCGAGAGAAGAAGGCUGAACCUCAGGAGCUGAUGCAGCUGGAGGGCUACACAGUGGAUUACUGUGACCCUCAGCCAGGUCUGCAGGGUGGUCGGGUGUUUUUUAAUGCAGUGAAGGAGGGCGACCUGGUGAUGUUUGCCUGUGAUGAUGAGCCGGACCGGCUGCUGUGGGUCCAGGCCAUGUACCGGGCCACCGGACAGUCCUACAAACCAGUCCCACCGCUGCAGAACAAAACCACAAACUGCAGAGGAGGAAUUCAGAAGCCAGCAUCUCCCAUCAGUCUGGAUCCGUCUCAGCGGCAGGGAGUGGAGGGGUUGAUCUCUGCAGCUCCGUGUCGCCUUGACCAUGCCGCCCUGUUCAGCAUUUUACAGAAACACACUCUGCAGCACCGCAUGAACGACUCCUUCUCAUGCCUGGGUUGGUUCAGUCCUGGUCAGGUGUUCGUCCUGGAUGAGUACUGUGCACGGUACGGCGUCCGAGGCUGCCACCGCCACCUGAGCUACCUGAAGGGUCUGAUGGAUUAUUCAGAGAACAACGCAUUGGUCGACCCCACGCUGCUGCAUUACAGCUACGCCUUCUGCGUCUCCCACGUGCACGGAAACAGGCCUGAUGGGAUGGGGACAGUGACCGCGGAGGAGAAGGAUCAGUUUGAGGCCAUCAGGAGUCGUCUGAUGGCGCUGCUAGAGAACCAGAUCACACAUUUCAGGUACUGCUUUCCCUUUGGGCGACCAGAUGGGGCCCUGAAGGCAACGCUCUCCCUGCAGGAACGGGUUUUGAUGAAGGACAUCACUACGCCUGUCCCUCCAGAGGAUAUGAAGAAUCUUGUGCAGAGGUGCCUGGAAAAAGCAGCUCGGAUCAAUUACAGUCAGCUGAUGGAAUAUGCUCAGAUCAAGGAGGAUUCUCAGGCAGCUCCAGAGAAAAGGCUGGAGGACAUGAUGAGACUUGGGGAGCUCUGUAUAGAUGUCCUGCAGCAGAACGAUGAACAUCACUCCGAGGCUUUUUCGUGGUGGCCGGAGCUGAUGGCUGAACAUGCAGAAAGCUUUCUGUCUCUGUACAGAGCCGAUAUGGACGGUGCUCUUCAGGUGCAGCCUGUCGACUCCUGGGACAGUUUCCCACUAUUUCAGCUCCUCAACAACUUCCUGAGAACUGACCCUCACCUGUGUAAUGGGACGUUCCACAAACACCUGCAGGACCUGUUCGUCCCCCUGGUAGUGCGCUACAUCGACCUGAUGGAGUCGUCCAUCGCCCAGUCCAUCCACCGCGGCUUCGAGCAGGAAACCUGGCAGUCGGUCAAUAAUGGUUCCACCACCUCAGAGGAUUUGUUCUGGAAGCUGGAUGCUCUGCAGAUGUUCGUGCUGGACCUCCAUUGGCCAGAGCCAGAGUUUGCCAAACAUCUGGAGCAGAGACUCAAACUGAUGGCUAGCGACAUGAUGGAGGCCUGCGUCAAGAGAACAAAAUCAGCGUUUGAUGCCAAAAUGCAAAGAGCGAGUAAGUCCACAGACUUCCGCGUGCCGCUGUCAGUCUGCACCAUGUUCAAUGUGCUGAUGGACGCAAAGAAGCAGUGCUCCAAACUCUGUGUGCUGGAUACUGGACAGGAGAUUGACAAACAAUGGCAACAGUACCACUCCAAAAUCGAUGUCCUGAUUGACGAGUCGUUUAAAGAAAUGAUUUCCUCCCUCAUCUCAAAGUUUGCCGGUGUUUUAGACGGCGUUCUCUCCAAGAUCUCAAGAUAUGACGAAGGGACGUUCUUCUCCUCAUUCCUGUCUUUCACAGUGAAAGCUGCUGCCAAGUAUGUGGAAGUUCCUAAACCUGGGAUGGAUCUGGCCGACACCUACAUCACCUUCAUACGGCAGAACCAGGACGUCCUCCGAGACCGCGUCAAUGACGAGGUCUACGUCGAGGAUGUUUUUGAACAAUGGUACACCAUCUCCAUGAAGGCUGUGUGUGUUUGGCUGACUGAUAGACUGGACCUGCAGCUCCACACAUACCAGCUGAAAACCCUCAUCAAGAUUGUGAAGAAGACCUACCGUGACUUCAGGCUGCAGGGGGUCCUGGACGGCACGCUGAACAACAAGAGCUACGAGACCGUCUACAACCGACUGACCGUGGAGGAAGCCACCACGGCCGUCAAGGCGGGCGAUGGCCUGCAGGGCAUCAGCAUGCGAGACAGCGACGAGGAGGACGACUAAACACACACACACGCUCCCUUCACACACCUUGUUACUACUUGAUUGUCCUCCUCUACAUUACAGAUCAGGAGCUUCUGUCACAGUUAAUGACUUCCUCCCCUUCACGUAAAACAAUGUUACUUAAAAACUAAAACCGAAGUCAACAAAUAUGGUUUAAAACUGAUGUAACUGAAAUAGAUUGCUGCUACACAAAUUAGCUGUGAAUUUCAUUAACAACAGAACAGGUAAUGCUGAAGUUAGCUUCCUAUGUUGUGGAUGCAUAUUGUCCACUGAGCACCACUUCAGCCAGCCAUAUUGGAUGAAUGCUAAAACGUAGAGUAAAGACAGCAACAAAUAUAUAGUUUCUCAACAGAAUUUGACUGUAGUUCAGUCAAAUAUACCAGAAGAGCUGAUACUUCAACCACAGUCAACAAAUAUAAUUGAAAAAGAUAGAGGACAGAAAUAGAGAACUGACUGCAAAACUAACCUCACUGUUUAUGGCAAGAUAAGUCAGGAUAAUGUUAACUAAUACCUGUUGUUGUUGAUUGUAUUGUAAAUCUGAUGUAGAAGUCUGGUUAAUUAAAAACCUAGCUUCCACUUUUUUAAUACAAGGUGAAGCUCUGUGUAUAUUUGCACAUGUGCAGUAGAGGUUGAUUUUCGUGACUGAAGACCUGAUCAGUUGAGGAGGAUCACUCAGGUAGUGACACACCCCCUUUUUCUCAGCCUGUCACAGGCUCAUCGCCCAGAUGCCACUGUGCAUAUGUGUUGAAACGUACAUGAGUCUGAAUGUACAAUUAAAAGUAAGUCAAGGUGAGGCAUCGGAAAGACACUUGAAGCCCCGCCUUCCUUCAUGUGCAGCCAUACUCUGAUUGAUGUCACUUUUUACAGUAGAGCGCAGCGAACGCCUUUUUGGUUUUCCUUCAGUUAUUGUAGCUUAUUGUUCAAGACUUUAAAGGUUAUGGCAGCUCUUAAACGCUAGAGUCCCAGCAAACUUGCCUUUUUAUGUCAUAUGUCCUGACACCAACAGCCGCAAAAUCCACUAAAGAGAUUUAUUUUUAUUUGAGAGAAAGCUUGGAAUUGUAAGGUUCUAUCUAGCUGUUUUAUCAAAACCUUGGUUUUCCACUUUUAUUUCCCUGAGUUGUAAAACAACAGCAGUGUUUGGUCAUUCAAGCAGAACAACCUUACAGUUUCUUAACAAGCAACCCAUUUUACUUUUACAACAAAUAGUGACUGUUGUUUCUGAUAAGCUAAAGCAGAAGUAGCGUGACAUUAUUACAGCACCUCGAUACUUGAGUUUGUUGUGGAAUGUAAGGUCAACAAAGCUGUUAUCAUCCUUGACUGUUUGAAACAAAUGUUGACCGGCAGUUCAAUCUUAGUUUUGUCUAUCCAUGAUCACGUCCUUCUCUAACCUUAUACAGGAAUUCCACUUUAAUUGACUAAAUUCAAUCAAACCUUAAGAAAACCGGUAGCAGAUCAGAAAACAUUUGUGUGUUGUUACAGAAUGGAUGAUCAACAUACUGAUGAUUUAAUUCUUCUGUGAACUGUACCUUGCCAUUGUCUUAGAGUGCUGCUAGAGGUAAGGCCGUUGGAAAAAAGUUCAAUUAAUUUUAAACAUGACCAGUCAAAUGUAAUGGAAAUUGUCCCCAUAGAUUGGAUUCAUUUGAUGUGUAAAGGUGAGAUGGUCUACCCAGUGGUAGUGAAGGUCAGGAGGUCAUUAGGAUGCUUCUUCUAGAGAUUUGUUUGUUUGUGGUUUUUAAGUCUCAGUCAAAACCAAUAGCACAGUUCUUUGCUCCACAGUCGUCCACCUGCACUCUUUCCCUUUAAAUUCAUGUUGGACUAAUCAACAGCAUAGAAACUUUUUCUCAGUGUUGCAAAAAGCAUGGUCAAGGUGAUCACUUCUGGAGACUGGUUUCCGUCCCAUUACAGACCAAACAAUUGAUCUUAGUAUUUGUUAAUCUUCACCUUGUACUUUCCUUCAAUCUUGGCAAAUGCUUUAGUUGCCUAAUCUUGUCCAAACCUUAAAGACUAUUUAGUUUGCCUUGGAGGUUUGUGUCCAUCAUUUCUCUCAACAUUGUUGCCACCAAUGCCCCUUUUCCACUUGUCAAAAAACCCACUACCACCACUAAUAUCUGGCUUUUGUCUGCCAUGGGAAUGGAUUCAAUCUGCAUUCCCUCCCAGGUAAAUUGACUACUGGUUUUAAUUGUCUCUGGCUCCAAUGGAUAGUGAUGGAAAUGUGAGACCUACGUCAAUGAGUUACUGUCAAACCUGAUGCAAAUAUGUAACUGGGAAUGAGAAAAGAGUUAAUUGCCUUUUUCUAGUGGGCUUAUCUGCAUUAAUAAACGUGUAUACCUGUUUGUUUGAUCUAGAAGAAGUUUGAGUUCACUUCUGAGAUCUGAGAAAACAGUGACAUCUCCAAAAAGAGGGUUAUGAUCGAAAUUGCACAGGAAAUCUGAAUUCAAACGAUUGUUGAAAUUGGCUCUACUACAUUACUUAAGAUGUUUCAAAGGACAGUUUGAAUUGGAGUCAUGAUUUUGCCACUAGUGUUUUUUUGCCAGAAAGUUUGUUUCUAUUAUCUCUCGUCUGAUUGUCUGACUCCUCAUGUUUCUCUACCAGUUGGACUUUGCAGUUACAAACAACUGAUGCCAAACCUUGAAAAACAUGACCCACAUUGUACUAAGAAUUAUCAUUUAACCACACCUUAACUAUUGUGUAUUUAACACAACCUCAACUUAACCUUAACCAUAUUGUAGUUGCCAGGUGUUUUGAUGUUAUCAAAAUGGGAAAUAAUUCUUAUUUAACUUUCAAAAACUUUGAAAUUGACCGAAUCAAGGAUUUUGCGCAAUUGUUAUGUUUGAUAUGAAAAUUGUGUCUGGGAGUAGGGGUUAGCCUUCAGGUCAAAAAACUGUACUUAUCUGAAUGUUUUUGAUAAUCAGUGUCUAGAUCUGUAGACAAAUUCGUACAGGUCCAAGCUAAUGAAAUGUUGCUGUACUGCUGUAGUUUCUCAGCCUGAACUUUAUGUAGCUCACAAUGUUCCCACUGCUAAAUAAGGACUGGUGGUCUCAGGUAGUUAAAGAUGCAAAAAAUACAAAAAGGUCUUUAAAAGAGAAACAGAAUCCACGCAGGUGUUCACAAAAACACAUGGGGUCAGUCUCACAAGAAGCUCUUUUAAGGUGUUGGAACUGAAAGUCAAAGUGGGUAAUCGUUUUUCAGUAACACAAUUGUUGCUGUAGCUGCAGUUCUGCUGUCAUCUCUGAUCAUUGUGAUAUUUACUGUUGUGAAGAAUUAUAUUGAGCUGUAGAGUGGUAUGGUCGUACUGCCUGUACUUCAUAUCCAAUGUCGAUCAAAGUCUUAGAAACAUGCUUAUGAAUUGUAAAGGUCUGGACAUUUUUGAACAUGAUCAUCGUGGGAGAAAAUGGAUCUGUUUUUGUGAUCACUGUCUUUAAUCUGAUCAGCUGUGAGUGGACAGAGUGUCUCGUCACUGCGGCCUCUUCAUUGGCUCCCGUCUGGUUGCGUGUGGUGUCAGUGUUGGCCUCCGAUCGACUGUGUGCAGCAACCUGGCGUUUGUUUUAGCUGUCCGAUCCAGUUUGUAUCCGUGCAGUUCAAAGGGCCAAAAACUAAAGGACAAAAAUCUAUUGAAGAAGUAUAUUUAUAUUGUCUUAUUGUGCACCUGUUUUGUUCAGGUGUCUUAUCUAAG